GUUAUUUUAGUUGCCUCAUGCUGUAAGCUAGGCCGUAGUAGGGUUAAAACAGUUUGUCAUUUCGCUUCGCAGGCUCCACACACACAAAAUUAAUUUCUCAAAAUGCCGAAUGCUCGCAAAUGCAAUGAAUGUGGGCAAACGCACGUCGCCGGUGCCAAUGGUGCCGUCUAUUGUGGUGGACCACUGUUGCGAGCGGUGCAGAUGUCCAAUUUGUAUAGGGAUAGCAAGUACUUUGUCGACAUGACCUGUCGAUACUCCCCAGAGCGUAUCCUUGCCGACUACCAGCUGUUUAGCUCGUGCAAGAAGAACGAGUCGUCGGUGAAGCAUCUCACCAAUUUCGUGGACAAUCACUUCGAUCAGCCCGGCACCGAGCUGGAGUAUUGGUGUCCGCCAGAUUAUCGCUGUGAGCCGAAAUUCGUGGAGAAGAUCAAUGAUCCGGCCCUGAAGAAGUUUGCCAUGGACCUGAAUCGCAUUUGGAAGCAGCUCGGACGCACCAUGAAGGACUGCGUGAGGACCAGUCCGGCCAUGUACUCGCUUAUCUAUGUGCCGAAUCCGUUCAUCGUGCCGAGCGGCCGAUUUAUUGAGUUCUACUACUGGGACACCUAUUGGAUUGUGCGCGGACUGCUGUUCAGCGGCAUGUUCCAGACGGCGCGCGGCAUGAUUGAUAAUCUGUUGUAUCUGGUGAAGCAAUUUAAGAUGGUGCCCGGCAGCAAUCGUGUCUACUACUGGGGACGCUCCCAGCCCCCGCUGCUGGUGCCGAUGGUCAAGUCCUACGUGGAGUUUACCAAGGACGAGCAAUACGCCAUCCAGAAUCUGCCGGCGCUCGAAUUGGAGAUGGAGACCUUCCUGCAGGAGCACUCGGUUCAGGUCGAGGGUCGCACCAUGUAUCAAUAUCGCGACAAGUCGACGGGACCACGACCCGAGGCGUACCGUGAGGAUGAGGCGGUAGCCGCUAGCUUCAACUCUGCCGAGGAAAAGGAGGACGCCUACUCAAACAUAAAGGCUGCCUGCGAGUCCGGCCAGGCCUUCAGCUCGCGCUGGUUCAUCUCCUCCAGUGGCAACAACGUGGGCACCAUGGCCAAUAUCAAGACCAACUGGAUAGUGCCCGUCGAGCUGAACUGCAUUCUAUUCCGCAAUUGUAAAACGCUUGGCGAAUUCUUUACCCUGGCCGGCUGUGCCGACAAGGCGAAGCAAUAUCGGACCACCGCCUGCGGCCUGAUCAAGGCCAUCACGGCGGUGCUGUGGAAUGAGGAGCGCGGCGUCUGGCUGGACUAUGAUAUAAAGAAUAGAAAGCAGCGUGACUACUUCGCCGUGACGAACCUAUCGCCGCUCUGGCUGCACGCCUACCCCAUAGCUGAUACCGAAAAGAUCUCCAAGUCUGUAAUGUGCUACAUUGAGGAGAAUAAGCUGGACUGUUAUCCGGGCGGUGUGCCGCAUACGUUGAGCAACACUGGCCAAUUGUGGGACUAUCCGAACGUCUAUCCUCCUAUGAUGCUAAUGCUCAUCGACGGCCUCAAUAAUCUGGGCACGCCCGAGGCGACCGAUAUGGCGUGCCGUUGGACACAGCGCUGGGUCCUCUCCAACUACGAGGCCUACACCAAGACGAAUUUCAUGUUCGAAAAGUACAAUUGCGAGGAAUCCGGUUUGGGCGUUGGCAGUCCGGAUGGACAGAACCAUACCGGCUACGGCUGGACAAACGGAGUUCUGAUCGAACUGCUGGUCAGGUACGGCUGCCAGUUGACUUCAAACAGCGGCAACGGCGACGCUGACGCCGACUGCAACUGCGGCAGCGAUAAUAUGGCAUCGGCCCUGCAGGACUGUCCCAUAACGAGCGAUGCGUACUUGGAAAAGAAGGCGGCAGCAGAUGCCGAUGAGUACGCCAAGAUGUGUGGCGAACAGAAUAUGCAAUAUGAUGAGUCUCAGAUGUGCUGCGGCGCGGCAAUGAUGGUUCAAGAUAUCGCCAGCUUUGCCACAAGUGAGACUGGCCAAUUGCCCCCAUCCCAACAAAAUCCCUACGAUCAGAGAAAUGGCCAACAACAGCCUAGACCAUUUGCCGACGACGUCCACUGUCCAUGUGGCCCCGACGAUUCUGCAAAUGUGGCAAACUACGAUCAGAGUGGCAAUUGCGGAAUGUGUGGAUCGGAUGGUGGUGAUCUUCAGCCGGGCAAUAGGCGAUAUUCUGCUGAACCACAGUGUACAUCAUGCUAUCAGGAUGCUCAACCUCCAGCAGCUCAGUCCCCGCCUCGCUCUGCUCCUCCUGCUCAGCAAUAUGCUUCUGAUCAACCCUGUACAGAAUGUGGUCAAGCGGCUCGAUCUGGCCAAGGUGCUCAGGGUGGUCCCUGUGGUCAAGGUGGACAAGGUGGACAAGGUGCUCAAGGUGGUCAAGGUGGUCAGCAAUAUGCUGCCAAUCAGCCCUGUGGUCAAGGUGGUCAAGGGGGUCAGUCGGGUCAAUAUGGUGGUCAAUCACCUCGAUCAGGUCAGGGUGCUCAGGGUAACUGUGGUCAAAGUGGUCAAGGUGGUCAAGCUGCACAAGCUGGACAAGGUGGUCCAGGCGGUCAAGGUUGUCAAGGUCAAGGAGGUCAGUCGAGUCAAUAUGGUCAAUCUGCACGAUCAGGUCAAGGUGCUAAGGCCAACUGUGGACAAGGUGGACAAGGUGCUCAAGGUGGUCAAGGAGGUCAACAGUAUUCUGGUAAUCAGCCCUGUGCUCAAGGUGGUCAAGGUGGUCAAGGAGCUCAGCAAUAUUCUGGUAAUCAGCCCUGUGCUCAAGGUGGUCAAGGUGGUCAAGGAGGUCAGCAAUAUCCUGGUAAUCAGCCCUGUGCUCAAGGUGGUCAAGGUGGCCAAGGAGGUCAACAGUAUCCUGGUAAUCAGCCCUGUGCUCAAGGUGGUCAAGGUAAGCAACUCAAACACAACAACGUCAACGACGAUGACGACGAUGACGACGAUGACGGCGACGACGACGUCGAUGGCGCUGGAUGA